AUGGAGGACAGGAAGAGACCUGCCAUCGGCGGCGCCGACGAUCUCGCCCCUCCUAGCAAGAGGGUGGCAGUUAACGGCUCCAAGAUCAAAGAUGACCCGUCCGAGAUGAAGGAAGAGGGCUGGAUCGAGGCGUACACGCGAGGGGCCAUAUAUCGUCAAAUGCAGGAAUAUAGUCGCAAAGCAGCCACGGCUGAGUCUCGACUGGAAGAGCUGCAUAAAAGAUGCGUUCAUCACGAUGACCAUCUGAGAAUCGUCGAUGCCUGGUGGCGACAGUUGAUGGAAGAGCUGGAGGGCCUUGCAGACAAAAACCUUCCGACUCCAGCAGCAACAGAGGAACCACCAUACCUCAGCGGCGUUAGUUUCAAGGACCUUCACGAGUUCCAGAACCAUGUACAGGAAAAGGCGAACACAAUCAAAACAAAGGCCGAAACGCUACUCGGACGCAUCGCCGCCCAUCGCGGACAACUCGCACCCGACGCGGCGACCUUGGAGAAAAGGCUCACCGGACUGCUGGCCUCUCAGAAGGAAUAUAUGCUCAAACUUGACCGGUUGAACGCCGAGAAGGAGCAGCUCUCAGAGCAGCUCAAUGCGGCAACGCUGAGGUAUUUCAAGGCCGAAAAGAAACUCGAUCGUGCCAAGAGUGCCCAGGUCCAGAAGCUGGAGCAAAAGGCAUUCGCAAACGCCACGCGACCACCUGCCGCAUCCAGCGAUGGCGGCGCAGAAACCACCGAAACGAACGGCAACGUCGACGAGCUGUUGCUGAAAUAUGAGGAGGCAACGGCGGCAGCGGCGAAGCAGAAGGAGCAGCUCGAUGCGGUUCUGGCCGAGAUCAAGUCCCUGCAAGACGAGAACUCAACCCUCAAGGCUCGCCGGGAACAAUGGACCGACGAAGACCUUGUCCGGUCGGAUGUCUUCAAGACAUUCAAGGGCCAGAACGAAGACCUCAUCAAGCGGAUUAAUAACUUGGAAGCGACGAACAGGCAGCUGCGAGAAGAAGCAGAGAAACUGCAGGCCGAGCGUACAACGUUCAAGAACCAACUAGAGGCCGAUGCGAAUCAGAUUACUCAGGACCUGGAGGCGGACAUCAUGUCACGCGACCAAGAUCUCGCCCGCGUGCGCUCUGCUCGAGACGAAAUUCUAGCCGAAAAUACUCAGCGGAAAGCCAGCAUGGAGCAGGAGAAGUCAUCGAUGGAUCACAUCAAGGAUCUGGUUGAUGCCAAGGACGAUCGUAUCGCGGCACUCGAGUCAGAGAUCUCGCGCCUCAAGCCAUCCGAGGAUGAGGAGAUGACAUCCCCCGACGACAGCCAGGAGCUCGCCGAGGAGGAGCUGCGACAAAAGUACAAGAAGCUGCAGCAAGACUUCCAGUCCAUCAACCAGGAAUUGCCGUCCAUCGAGAAGGCGUACAAGAAGAUGAAGGACCUGGCUCAGAAGAAGGUCCUGGACUUUGCGGCUCUCGAGGAGAAGGUGGCGCUUCUGAUCGCGGAGAAGAGCAAGGCGGAUCAAAAGUACUUUGCCGCGCGGAAAGAUGCCGACACCCGAAACAAUGAGAUAAGAUCAUUGCGGCAUCAGAACAGCAAGAGCUCCGAGAUCAUUGCUCAGCUGAAGGGCUUGGAAGUGCAGAAUAGGACCCUGCUUGGCAACCUGGAGAAGCAGCUAUCGGACCUCAAGCAGACCAACGGCGCGUUGGCUGUCGAGAACAAGAAGCUCGAGACGUCCACUCAAGAGGCGGUGCGGCGGGCGGACUCGCUCUCUCGGCAGAUCGAAGAGCUGGGCAACCUGGUCAAGUCUCGCGACGCAGCAUCUGCCGUCGUCAGGGAACGCAAUACGACGCAGGAAGCCGAGGUUGAGAAGCUCAAGGUUCGCAUCGAGCACGCGCAAAAGGACCGAGACAACUGGCGAAGCAAGGCACUUAGCAACUCGUCAGAGGAGGAAGAGAUGCUUCGGACCUUUGCGCUGUGCUCCAUCUGCCGCAACAACUUCAAAAACACGGCACUGAAGACGUGCGGACACCUCUUCUGCAACAAGUGCGUCGAAGAUCGGAUCAGCAACCGGAUGCGCAAGUGUCCCACCUGCUCGCGAGCGUUUGACAAGAUGGAUGUGAUGCCCGUGCAUCAUUAA